AUGAAAUUUGUAUUAAAGGCACUAGAUACUAGAUAUAUCUUAUCUCGUAUCGCUGUUGUGCAAUUACGUAGUACAGACAUACAUUUUCUUUGUAUUAUUUUGCUUGUUGAAACAAAUAUUUCAUCAUCAUCAUCAUCAUCAUCAUCAUCAUCAUCAUCAUCAUCAUCAUCAUCAUCAUCAUCAUCAUCAUCAUCAUCAUCAUCAUCAUCAUCAUCAUCAUCAUCAUCAUCAUCAUCAUCAUCAUCAUCAUCAUCAUCAUCAUCAUCAUCAUCAUCAUCAUCAUCAUCAUCAUCAUCAUCAUCAUCAUCAUCAUCAUCAUCAUCAUCAUCAUCAUCAUCAUCAUCAUCAUCAUCAUCAUCAUCAUCAUCAUCAUCAUCAUCAUCAUCAUCAUCAUCAUCAUCAUCAUCAUCAUCAUCAUCAUCAUCAUCAUCAUCAUCAUCAUCAUCAUCAUCAUCAUCAUCAUCAUCAUCAUCAUCAUCAUCAUCAUCAUCAUCAUCAUCAUCAUCAUCAUCAUCAUCAUCAUCAUCAUCAUCAUCAUCAUCAUCAUCAUCAUCAUCAUCAUCAUCAUCAUCAUCAUCAUCAUCAUCAUCAUCAUCAUCAUCAUCAUCAUCAUCAUCAUCAUCAUCAUCAUCAUCAUCAUCAUCAUCAUCAUCAUCAUCAUCAUCAUCAUCAUCAUCAUCAUCAUCAUCAUCAUCAUCAUCAUCAUCAUCAUCAUCAUCAUCAUCAUCAUCAUCAUCAUCAUCAUCAUCAUCAUCAUCAUCAUCAUCAUCAUCAUCAUCAUCAUCAUCAUCAUCAUCAUCAUCAUCAUCAUCAUCAUCAUCAUCAUCAUCAUCAUCAUCAUCAUCAUCAUCAUCAUCAUCAUCAUCAUCAUCAUCAUCAUCAUCAUCAUCAUCAUCAUCAUCAUCAUCAUCAUCAUCAUCAUCAUCAUCAUCAUCAUCAUCAUCAUCAUCAUCAUCAUCAUCAUCAUCAUCAUCAUCAUCAUCAUCAUCAUCAUCAUCAUCAUCAUCAUCAUCAUCAUCAUCAUCAUCAUCAUCAUCAUCAUCAUCAUCAUCAUCAUCAUCAUCAUCAUCAUCAUCAUCAUCAUCAUCAUCAUCAUCAUCAUCAUCAUCAUCAUCAUCAUCAUCAUCAUCAUCAUCAUCAUCAUCAUCAUCAUCAUCAUCAUCAUCAUCAUCAUCAUCAUCAUCAUCAUCAUCAUCAUCAUCAUCAUCAUCAUCAUCAUCAUCAUCAUCAUCAUCAUCAUCAUCAUCAUCAUCAUCAUCAUCAUCAUCAUCAUCAUCAUCAUCAUCAUCAUCAUCAUCAUCAUCAUCAUCAUCAUCAUCAUCAUCAUCAUCAUCAUCAUCAUCAUCAUCAUCAUCAUCAUCAUCAUCAUCAUCAUCAUCAUCAUCAUCAUCAUCAUCAUCAUCAUCAUCAUCAUCAUCAUCAUCAUCAUCAUCAUCAUCAUCAUCAUCAUCAUCAUCAUCAUCAUCAUCAUCAUCAUCAUCAUCAUCAUCAUCAUCAUCAUCAUCAUCAUCAUCAUCAUCAUCAUCAUCAUCAUCAUCAUCAUCAUCAUCAUCAUCAUCAUCAUCAUCAUCAUCAUCAUCAUCAUCAUCAUCAUCAUCAUCAUCAUCAUCAUCAUCAUCAUCAUCAUCAUCAUCAUCAUCAUCAUCAUCAUCAUCAUCAUCAUCAUCAUCAUCAUCAUCAUCAUCAUCAUCAUCAUCAUCAUCAUCAUCAUCAUCAUCAUCAUCAUCAUCAUCAUCAUCAUCAUCAUCAUCAUCAUCAUCAUCAUCAUCAUCAUCAUCAUCAUCAUCAUCAUCAUCAUCAUCAUCAUCAUCAUCAUCAUCAUCAUCAUCAUCAUCAUCAUCAUCAUCAUCAUCAUCAUCAUCAUCAUCAUCAUCAUCAUCAUCAUCAUCAUCAUCAUCAUCAUCAUCAUCAUCAUCAUCAUCAUCAUCAUCAUCAUCAUCAUCAUCAUCAUCAUCAUCAUCAUCAUCAUCAUCAUCAUCAUCAUCAUCAUCAUCAUCAUCAUCAUCAUCAUCAUCAUCAUCAUCAUCAUCAUCAUCAUCAUCAUCAUCAUCAUCAUCAUCAUCAUCAUCAUCAUCAUCAUCAUCAUCAUCAUCAUCAUCAUCAUCAUCAUCAUCAUCAUCAUCAUCAUCAUCAUCAUCAUCAUCAUCAUCAUCAUCAUCAUCAUCAUCAUCAUCAUCAUCAUCAUCAUCAUCAUCAUCAUCAUCAUCAUCAUCAUCAUCAUCAUCAUCAUCAUCAUCAUCAUCAUCAUCAUCAUCAUCAUCAUCAUCAUCAUCAUCAUCAUCAUCAUCAUCGUCAUCUGGAGCAGCAACAGCAGUGCCAUUUUAUUUUAAUGUUCUGAGCGUAAUAUGUCAAAAUACAUCAAUAAACUUUGAAUUUGAAUUUUUUAGAUUGUUUGCUAACUUUUUUCUUUUCUUUAAAGAUCAUUAA